UCCCGGGCGCCGCUUGCCGCCCGCAAAGCAGGCCGGGGCCGGCGGGCGGAACCCUCGGCGCGGGGCCGGUUUCCGUGCGGGCGGCGAGUCGCGCAGCCCCGCCAUGGCGGCGGAGGGAGAGGAUCCGCUGGGCUACUUCGCGGCCUACGGCAGCUCCAGCUCCGACUCGGAGGCCGACGAAGCCUCGGCCGAGGAGCGGCAGGCGGGAGCCGGCGCGGCGGCGGGGAGCAGCCCGGGGAGCCGGCCGAAGCUGCCGCCGCCGGACGAGCUCUUCCGGAAGGUGUCCCAGCCGCCCGCCUUCCUCUACAACCCGCUCAACAAGCAGAUCGACUGGGAGAGCCGCGUCCUGCGGGCGCCCGAGGAGCCGCCCAAGGAGUUUAAGGCGUGGAAGACGAACGCCGUGCCGCCGCCGGAGGUGUACAGCCCGCCCGAGAAGAAGGCUCCGCCGGUCCCCGCCGUCGACAUGGCCAUCAAGUGGUCCAACAUCUACGAGGACAACGGUGACGACGCGCCGCGGCCCGCCGGCAGGGCCAGGUUCCUGCCCGAGGAGGAGGAGGAGCACGCGGUGUCAGAUGAUGAAAAAGAUGAUGAACCAGCUUAUGCUAAGAAACGGAAACUAGACUCCGGGGAGAAGACAAAGAGGAAGAAGAACUUGCAGAAAUAAGGCUGGCACAUGGAGGUCACCCAGUCUACCUGCCCGAUUUCCCAUGGGAGUCUCUGCUGGAAAACGGUGCUUCCCUGGAAGGCAGCAAUGCAGUGAACACUAUCACCUCUUAAAGUUUUGUCAAAUUAGUAGAUUAAUGAUUUGGUAGGAGUCAGCACAAACAUGCAGAGGAACAAGAAAGGUAACACCUUUCUUUUCCACUUUGGGAGGCAUAAAACCCACUGAAGUAACCCUGUGGCUUAUGGACUUAUAUUUACAGAGUGAGGACUCCUAUAUAUAAGCUCAGGUGUAAGUGGCUGAGGAUGACAUUUGGAAUUAUCAGACAUGAUUUAUCUCGGGUUUUUCUCAGUUCUGUAGUUGUAACAUAGCCAAAGAAAAUGUAAUUCCUGUGUCAACUAAAGAUUCUAAGGUCAAUGACAGAAUUUUAGCAAAAGAUACAGCUUCUGAGGGCAUUUUUUGUGGUCAAAACAGCCUACUAAUGCAUAGUAUCUAAAUUUCCUUGGAGCAAGCUUCUGCUGAGGACUGUGUUGCUGUUGUACCUGGAUAAGUAGCCAGGACUGAAUGCAGGUAGGUCUUACAAUUUACUGACAGAGUAGCCCCUAAAAGCAACCUUUUUUCUUCCUGCAGUCUGGAGAAAGAAUGAAGAGAAAUUGCCAUUAUACAAGACAAGAAAUGGAGGUCUUAAGAACUGACAAACUGUAUGUGUUUAGGUUUUUAAUUAGAAGACCUCAUUUAAUUUUUCACAGGAUUUUUGGCUCCAUACAAAGCUGGAAGUUAAUUAUUUUGUUUGCUGUGGAAACACCUAAUGUGAUGAGAUGUGCUUAAAGGCAAAGGUCACCAUGAGUUGAAUGUACCUCCUAUAGCUCCAUGCAUACAUGGUCUACUGCUGGAUGUGAUACAGGUGCGUCACUGAGUGCUCUGAAAUUCAGCCUUCAGCAGGCAACGUGGAGGACCUCAAACAAAGCAGUCAUUUUUACACAGGGAAUCUUAUGCAAACCUUGGUUUCGUUUUUUUUUCUCAUUCUGCAAAUGUCCCACACAUUUUUAUAGUGCUCCACAGAAAUCCUCCUGAAAAGCUAUAACAUUUAGUAACAGAUAGAUUUACUUAGGAAUUAGUUCUAUAGCAUUUUUCAUUGGUGCUGUUUGUAUCAUACUCAAGCGUUAAGGACAGAAAUAAAAGCU